GGUCAGUGUACUGUAUAUUUAUUUGGUUGUUUAAAAAGUUGUUUUUGUUUUGUAAAUAACAAAAGACUGUGCAUCUAGUACAUAUCUAGUAAAAGUUAUUAUUUUUCUAUAGGAACGUUGUUAUGUACAUCAUGUAAACGUGGAUUGAAUAAAAAAUGAAUAAAGAAAAAGCCCAUUUACGAGAACUUGUACAAACUAAUCAAUGUGAACUGAUCUUUCCUCUACAUUUAACCAAGGAAAACUCCGGAAUAGUUUGGAAUGGCGAAAUUCACUCAGUUCGUGCCUGCACGGAUGUUAUGCAGUCAUUCCUGUCACACACCCAACGUAAAAUUGGAAAGCUACUUGAAACUAAAGGAGUUUCAGACAUUGAGGUUCCAGUGAGAAUGACGGUAAAUGGCACAGAUGUAAAAGGCGAUACGACCUGUAAACAGUUUGUGGAAAAGCCAAAGAAAAAUUUAGUUUUUACAAUUUUCAAUCAAUCUUUCGAAGUUAUUAUAAAUGCGCCGCUUGUACAGCAAAUUAUAAUACCUAGAACUUUAUAUGUGCAUUACUCUUAUCAACCGUUAAAAUUUAAAAGCAUCUACACCGAGAAAGAGCUGUCGGAUUUCAUCUGGUGCACAUCGACGGAUUGCGAAGUCUGGACGGAAGUUUGCAAAAACUUUCGGUUCAAACCGAGUAACAAAGAUUUAAACAAACAUGUCAAGCUAAAGUGCAUACCUCGAAAUGUUCAUUCGACAGGUCCACCGUUCGAAGUAAUUUCCCAGACAACAGUGAUGGAAAUGGCUGUGAUUCCUCAAUGCCCAUUCGAUGACCGGCAUAAGUUUACAAAGUCGUGGUUGACUGCAAAAAAUGAAAUGCGAGUUGUAUCUUACAACAUUCUGUCGAACCUGUAUUCUGAGAAGACAAGUCCGCAUCCCCACUGCACUCUUCAGGCACUAUCGAUAGAUUACCGAAAGCAGCUAAUCCUAAAGGAAUUACUAGGAUAUAAAGCAGACAUCCUCUGCCUUCAAGAAGUAGAUCACCACAUAUUUGUUCGAUAUUUAAAGCCGAAGCUAUCCAAAAUAUAUAAAGGAUUGUUUCAUAAGAAAGGUUAUAGGAUUUCCGAAGGACUAGCUUGCUUUUUUAACACCGAAAAAUUUAAAUUAUUGGACACUAGUCAGUUGGUGUUCUGCGAGGAGUUACGGACAAACACCCUAUUCAAACGCACAUGGAACCUAGUACGACAAUGUAACACAUUGAAGGACUGCAUAAUUAAACAACCGACCUCUCUACAAGUCACCGUACUAAAAGUGAAACACACGGAAGAGAUCAUUAUUGUCGCCAAUACUCAUCUCUAUUACCACUCGGAAGCUAGUCAAAUACGUUUACUACAAACCAGCAUCGCGUUGGAUUACAUCAAGGACGUUUACAAUCAGUACAAGCGAACGAGUAAAUCUCGAGUGUCUGUGCUAUUUUGUGGAGAUUUUAACAGCGUACCAUCGUCGGCAGUUUAUGAAUUUAUAUUACACGGGGUCGUACAGCACAGUUUUCAAGUGGAUAUAGAAAAUGAAGUGAAAAGUGUCUGCUUAAGUCAUCCCUUUCAGUUUGCCAGCGCUUACGGUACGCCGAAGUAUACUAAUUACACGGAGGAGUUCAAAGGUUGCUUAGACUAUAUAUUUUAUGACAGAGGUAGCUUUACAGUUUUGGAUUGUGUACCAUUGCCAAGCGAAGAAAUCUUAGCAGAAAAGGUAGCACUGCCAAAUGACGUGUUUCCAUCAGAUCAUUUAGCUUUAAUUGCAAAUUUAAGAUUAACAUAAUGUUAGAUGUUUGUGUCAAAUAAUUUAUCAAAGAAGACAAUAUUUAACUUUUAAGUUAUUUUAAAUUAAAAGGACUAAUUUUA